UGAAUCCUGAUGGCCCCAUAGUUUUUAUGUGAUACGCCAGAUCUCCUUGCCUUGUUUUGCAUGGCUGUUUGAUUAGUAUCUCUAUAGUAUGCAAUGCUAUGCUUUCAGGGCAAGCUGUUGUCAAAAUAAUUAUUAUUCUCUCUGAUCAGCAAGAACUUUUCUAUAUUUCGUCACCAUGAAUUCAAGUGAAGAUAUGACCUUAAGAAAUAUUUAUCUGAAGCGCCUUGUUGGGGCCCUAAAUGCCCUCAACAAGCCCACCGCCAGCAAUGCAGGCAAUAAAGAAGAAGUUGCAAGAUCAGCUCGUGAUAUUAAGGUGGCAGCAGAUGUAUCCCUCGCUCUCACUGUAAACCAAACAGCCUGGAGCCGCGCACUUCUCAAUAGAAUCUCUGGGGAAAAUAAAAACAGGCUUGUACUCAGAAAAAUAGUGCGGCUGAAAAAGUUUCAAGCGUUAAUUGCUCAGAAGACCAGACGCCAUUCUCGUUUGAAGCGAACCCAUAUGAUUUCGAAUGAGUUCAGAGACAACGACAGUAAAUCAUUAUACAGACUGUUUUGUUCUAAGAGAAUGGAUUCUGCGACGUCAUCGCCUGCAAGGCAAGUUAGAAAGCUGAAAAGCCUGGUGCCUGGUGGGAAAUCAAUGGACACAUCCUGCUUGCUUGGAGAAACUGCCGAUUACAUCGCUUCUCUUACAAUACAGGUAGAUGCACUCAAAUAUCUUGUCAUUUCUGCUAAUAAUACAGAGCACCCAGUUUGAUAUUUUCUGUCACAUUAGUUAUAAAAGAAUCCCGAAGAGAGAAAAAUCUUUCAUCAGUACAUUUCUGGCGCAGUAUAGAUGCUUUUUCUUCUACGGAGGACACACAUUAUUUGUUUUUUCAGUCCAAAAAUGGUAUUUUUUAUUGUCAGCAACUGUAACUUAUUCGUCAAUUCAGAGGCUUCGAAUGUUAAAUUUGGAUAUAACU